AGGUAGCCCUGCACAAAAUCGUAAUCAUGGCUGACGCAGAUUCGCUGCAUGACAUGAGUUCGGAUUUAGAACAAGACCAGAGCGCUGUUGAUGGUGAUGUUGAUGACGAUUUAGUGAAUGAAGAAAGUGCUGACGCGUCAUCUAGAAAGAAGAGUAAAAAGAAGAAGAGAAAGCCAAAAGAUAUGGAGAGAUCUAGUGGAGAUUCUGAUAGUCAGGCUGUCCUUGAUGAACAAGAAACCAAAAUACAGAUGAUUGAAGGGUUAACAGAACUAUUACAGUCAGGAGCUGAAGCUGACUCUGAAAGUCAACAACACGAUAGACAGUGCACAGCUGAUCAUAAUCAUGCAGAAAAUGAUAUGAAUGAUAGAGAGGUUUCAAUUAAUCAGCUGCGGCAAAUGCAACAAAAAGCUGCUGGAAUUCAAUCUAUACAGAGAGCUGUUGAACUUCUCUCCAUGCAAAAAGAAUCUGCGAAAACCAUUCAAGAUGCUAAGAAGAAAGUGUUCCAGUUUUGGAGAACACAACCUGUACCAAAAUUAGAUGAAGAAGUACAAGGUAAUGAUCAUAUAGAACCAGAUAAAUCUGUACAAGAGAUUAGAGAAGAACCAUAUUCUCUACCAACAGGAUUCAAAUGGGACACACUUGAUAUACAAGAUCCUAUUGUAUUAAAAGAAUUGUAUACAUUGCUAAAUGAAAACUAUGUAGAAGAUGACGAUAACAUGUUUCGAUUCGACUAUUCAUCAGAAUUCUUAAGAUGGGCAUUGAUGCCACCAGGAUGGUUACAGAGUUGGCAUUGUGGUAUUAGGGUUAUUAAAAGUGAGAAAUUAGUUGGUUUUAUUAGUGCUGUACCGGCACACGUAAAGAUAUAUGACAAAUCAAAGAAAAUGGUAGAAAUUAACUUCCUGUGUGUACACAAAAAAUUACGUUCAAAACGUAUGGCUCCCGUGUUAAUCAAAGAAAUAACUCGUAGAGUUCACAAACAAGGCUUGUUUCAGGCUGUUUAUACUGCUGGUGUAGUCUUACCUAAACCAGUUGCAGUUUGUAGAUACUGGCAUCGAUCAUUAAAUCCAAGAAAAUUAAUUGAUAUUAAAUUUUCACAUCUAAGUCGUAAUAUGACGAUGCAGCGAACAUUAAAACUAUAUAAAUUACCAGAGUCACCUAGAACAGAAGGGUUCCGACCAUAUAAACCAUCUGAUUUAAGACAAUCACACAAACUUCUUAGUGAUUAUUUGAGGAAGUUUGAUCUCUUGGCUGUAUAUUCUAGUAUUUAA